AUGCAACCAAAGGUAAGCCAGGGACACUUGGGAGGCGAAAACCGAGCCAGCAUUACGCAGAAAAGCCGGCGCAAGGGAGCUCGACCCCCGGCCCUGAGAGGAUGGGCACGGGGUGCGAGCAAGCUGCCCAGGUCCCCCGGGCACCAUGACCCCAACCCUUGCCCCUUCACUCGUGCGGUAUUGUUCCCCUCCCGCAGGGGGAAGAAAGGUGGCGGCGGGGCCGGCAAGGGAGACUCGAAGACCUUGAAAGAGGAGUCGGAGGCCGAGAGGGCUAAAGCUGCGGCGGCGCUAUGGGAGGCCAGGCUAGAGGUGACGGAGAUCUCCCGCAAAGAAUACCGAGAAGCCGCCCGCCGCCUUGCCCGGAACAACGAAGAGCUGGAGCAGCAGCAGCGGCAGCAGGAGAAAGACACAGUCGACGUGAUCAGCCUCCUCAAGAAGCAGGACGCGGAGAAGGAAGAGCUGAUUGAGAAGCUGAAGCAGCAGGUUAACGAGUUGAAAGAAAAAGCUAAAGAAGAGAGUGAACAAGUGGCAGAACAAUUCACUAAACAGUUGGAGGAAAUGGAGGAGAAAUUCCACAAAAAGGCCAAAGAAAUUGGACUAAUUCAAAUUGAGUUGAAAAUGAUAAAGGAAUUUCGAAAAAAGAAAACACUUUUGGAAAAAGAACUUGAGGAUCUAAAAGACACCCUGGACAUCACAAAAAAAGAACAUCAGGAAACAAUCUGCAUGUUGGAGAGAAAGUUCCUUGAAGAAAAGCAACGCCUAGAAAGAGAAGCAGAGAAGAAGAUUAUAAUGCUGGCAGAAAGAGCUCAUCAUGAAGCCAUUGUGCAGUUGGACAAUGCUGGAAAAGCGGUUUUUACAGAGAAUAUUCGUCUUCAUGAGGCUCUUGGAUACCAUAUAAAGGAAACAGAAGAAUUACAAAAAAUCAAGCAAAAGUUAGAGGAGGACAAUGCCUUUCUUUUGCAGGAGAAGGAAACCAAUGACCUUUUAAUUCAGGAAAAGGUCCUGCAAACUACUCAGCAGAAAGCACUAAUCCAGGAACUGCAAAGCAUGGUGAAAAAACUGGAAGCUGCCGUUAAUCACAUGGCCAGAGAAUUUAAAGCAGAAGUUGAAAAUAUACAACAGAAGGCUUUGGUGCAGAACCAAGCAGGUCAGACAGAAAUUGAAAAGCUGCAGCAGCUGCUGGAGAUGAAAGACAAAGAGAUGAGCAGAGUGAAGAAACUGGCCAGGAACAUCUUGGAUGAAAGAACUGAGGUGGAGAAGUUCUUCUUAGAUGCUCUGGAACAGGUGAAAGAGGAGAUCAUAACCAGCAGGAAGUGCUACAAGCAGGUGGCCCAAGCUGCCUAUCAGAGGAAAAUGAUGGCAGCAUUUGCAGGGAAAGAUGAAUACCCCAAAAUCAGAACCUUCAAUGACAAUAUGCACAGCACAAAUAGUGUACAAGUGGACCUUCUGGAAGCAGAGAAAUGCUCUCUGUCUCCUAAUCUACAUGGGUAUUUAUCAAGGACAAAUAUUCAAAAGGGGAAGGUGGACAUUUCUGAACUGACCUGGGAGCAGAAGGAGAGUGUACUGCGGUUACUCUUUGCAAAAAUGAAUGGCCUGAGACACCGGAGAUACAGUAAAGCUUUGGUUCCUAUAACACCAUCCAAUUUUAAUUUUGAAGAAGCAAAGAAAUCUGGCACUGAUGGUACUAUUCCCAUCUACGCUUUCAUCACUCAGCAGGCACCACUGUCUGAGUCAUCUUCUCAUAGAAGAGCAUCAGUCCUUCCUGAUAUUCAGGUUAUACCACCACAGCCAGAGUAAGAUGGCUGUUAAAUCAUGAAACAACUGAAGUUAUGAAGGCUUCUUUUUUUACACGUCUUCCUGGGCCUCAGGUCUAUAAUGCUGCAGCUAUGAAAUCACAUCCCCGUUUUCUGUGCAUCACAACUUAUUACUUCAAUUCUUCUUUCAACUUUUUUUUUUUUAAAGAAAGAAAAUUUACUGACAGCUUUUUUCAAAAAAUGGAAAAGUACUCUUUGGCUACAGUCAGUUUUUCACUGUAAAAGAGUUUGUAUCAGAGGACUGUGUAUUCUGGAAUUAAGAAAAAUUUGAGUAAAAUAUGUUCAAAGCUUGUAGAA